GAGAGAGAGAGAGAGAGAGAGAGAGACAGAGAGAGAGAAAGAUGGGAGCUUUGACUGCUGCUUCUGUGCUUCCUUGGGAUUUCAAGCCUUCAGUCUCUCUCUCUCGUCAUAGAGGCUCUUUGUUUCACUAUACAAGAACUCCCAAGAAAAGAAACAGGGCCGUAGUUCCUGUUGCGAGGCUAUUUGGGCCAGCAAUAUUUGAAGCAUCGAAGCUGAAGGUUCUGUUUUUAGGAGUGGAUGAAAAGAAGCACCCAGGGAAGCUUCCAAGAACUUACACACUCACUCAUAGUGAUAUCACCUCAAAGCUCACUCUGGCAAUUUCACAAACAAUCGACAACUCUCAGUUGCAAGGGUGGUACAGCAAGUUGCAAAGGGAUGAAGUUGUUGCUCAGUGGAAGAAAGUUAAGGACAAGAUGUCUCUCCAUGUUCACUGUCACAUAAGUGGAGGUCAUUUCCUCUUAGAUUUGUUUGCAAGGCUCAGAUACUUCAUCUUCUGCAAAGAAUUACCUGUGGUUUUGAAGGCCUUUGUCCAUGGGGACGGCAACUUGUUCAACAGCUACCCAGAACUGCAGGACGCUAUGGUAUGGAUCUACUUCCACUCGAGCAUUCCCGAAUUCAACAAGGUGGAGUGCUGGGGCCCACUAGUCGACGCAGCAGCACCUUCAAGUGGGUCAUCAGGCGGUGCCCACCACCAGGAAAACAACAGCGGCGGGGAGGGGGAGGAGGCAACUUCUCCAAGCAACUGGGACUUGCCAGAGACGUGUCAAGAGGAGUGCAACUGUUGCUUCCCACAACUGACUUCGAUUGCAUGGUCCCAAGAGCUUCCCCGUAUAAAUCAAACUAGGGUUGGGACCCACCAGAGCUUUCAGGGGCAAACCCAGGAAACAAACUAAAGAUUUUAUUUAUUUCUUUUGUUUAUUUAAUUAAUGUAAAUAGAUAUGUACCUAUCUGUUAAUACUAUUGCAAAAAUAUUAUUCUUGUCAGCUAUUUGUAUCAUUAUUUAAGUUA